AUGACUGCUGCGGGAGUCUCCCCGUCUAGCUCCCCGCGACUUCCUAGUCCGCCCCCGUUCACGGAGGUCCAGAUCGGACCUCAGUCGCCUUCGGUGGGCGAGACAUUUGGGAAAGAUGCGGAGCAGCUCCUAGCAGGUGUGACCGGUGAAGAUGAAGGCCCAACGCGCCGCAUUCGCCCCGGUACCAAGGCUGCCGACAUGGCAUUCGGUCCGCCACUGGUUCCUCUUUCUCAGCUUGAUUCUCCCUUCCAGCUCCAAGAACACCUCAAGGCGCUCUACCAUCAUUUCACCAAGCCCGAAGGAUCAGACACGGUGGUCCCGAUCACUCGCCACGUCGCAAGUCAGCUCGCAACCCCUCCGGAUGGAGUCGAUCGAUCGUUGUGGCUGUACGAACUAUGCCGCUUCUUGACCAUGAAAGUGAACAAUCUUAUCAUCGCCUUUUUCGCCGAGAACCCGCCCUGCUCAGCGCAGACUUGCCCGGAGAUGCGAGCGUCGGAAUGGCAAUACCUCUGCGCUGUGCAUGACCCGCCCAAGUCAUGCUGUGCUAUCGACUAUUGCUGCCAUACUCUCGACUGGGCUACCAACACCCUCACCUCCCCGAAGUAUUUCCCCAGCCGCCUCACAUUAGGCACCGAGGGCUCCGCCGGCCCACAGGCCAGCAUGCGACACUUGACAAACAUCUUCCGCCGGCUCUACCGUAUCUUUGCGCACGCUUGGUUUCAACACCGGGAUGUCUUCUGGACAGUGGAGGGACAUGAUGGACUUUAUAUCUUCUUCAAGACUGUCUGCGACAUGUUUGCUCUUAUUCCAGAGGACAACUACACUAUUCCACAGGAGGCGGAGGGCUCGGAUGCUUAUCAGCCCAAGGUGGACGAGGUUGUUGACAACAAGCGGUUGACAAUUCUGCGCAAGGAGAAUGAAGCUCCCUUUGGCUCUGGUGUGGAGGGCAUGGAUCCAGCGAUCAGUACUGGUGCUACUACCCGCCGCCACAAGCAUAGCCCAUCUACGGGAUCACGAGUUAGCACGAUCACAGAAAGUGCUGAGGAUAAUGAUGAAUCGCCUCAGCUCGCUGCACCCCUACGAGAAGUCCGGCAAGAGGAGGCACAGCCUGAAUCAAAUGAGGAGACACCUGCUGAGGAGUCGAAGGAGGUCUUCUCUGAAAAGGAAGAGCCAAUUGAUGCAGAAGAAACAUCUGAAGGGGUUAUCCCAGCUGCAGAGACAUCCAAAGAAUCUGAGAACCCCGCAGAGGAAGCCGUGACUGCAGAUGAAACGCUUAAGGAAGCGGAAUCUGACGUCCCAAAAAUUCGGGAUGAAGUCAAGCCUCAGCAAACUGAGGAUGAAGCUCCUGUGGAAGAUACAACUGCCUCUGCCGCUGAAGACACUCAAGAACAGAAGCAGGAGUCCGAGGUUGAAGCUGAGCCUGCAACUGAGCAGAAGGCAGAGUCAUAA